CGUUCCACGCGGUUUUCUGCGCCUGGCUCGUGUCUGGUUCGCUCUGCCGUUCCCAGCUGCCUCAAGAGAUAGCCUCCAGAUACUCGUACUCUCUCCACUCCAGGCGGCGCCUCGUUUGGAUCUUCAGCUUCUAGCCAUGGAGCUCCACUCGCUUCUCCUCAGAGCAGCCGUAGCCUCCCUCUCCGCCCUGCUGCUUCUCUCCACCUUCUCAGCACCGGCGGCUUCUGCUAAGCCCGGCGGGCCACCACGUCCCAUGCGCGGAUUGGUGGAUCUGAACACGGUUCCUGACAAUUCCGUGUCGUCGUGGGCGCUGGCAGGCCCGCCCGGGCUGCGCAAGGAGAGCAGUCCUGGGCAGUUCAAGGUGGCAGGGCCUGUGGUCAUAAACGUGCUCCGAGUCAUCCGCCCGCAGUUCACGCCUAUCUUUGCCGAGUGGCUGUCCUCCAAUCUGACGUCAGAUCCUGCCACGUGGAAGGCAUUCGUUGCACCACCUGCAGGCCCUAACGAAUUUGCGAAUCUGACCUUCGAGAACCCUCAGGCGCAGAUCUGGGGGGGGCGAUUCGCCAUCGACAACACCACGAGCGAUUACUCCUUCAAGCCCAACAACACCAAGCUGCUCUUCAGCCGCGUGUUGGGCACUUUGCAUCGCUCCGAUGUGGACAAGUCCAACGUGGUGGUCUCCAUUCCCAAGGCCGAUGCACCGACGCUCAGCGGCAAGUUCAUCCGCCGCGGGAAGAUCUUCGAGCUCCUUUCCGGGGGUACCUUCGACGUGCCGCUCCGUAGCCUUGUCGAGGCUCUGGGUGCCCCCACUCUCCCCGGGCCCACCCCGCCAGGAGCAGCGGCAGCGAUGCGCGUGAGCCUCAACCUGCAGGGGAUUGGGCAGCAGCCUCCCAGCGCCCUGCACCCCUUCCCUGCUCCUAGUGCCCCCGGGAUGGAGCCCCCCCCUCUGGCUGGUGUUCCCUCUGGCGCUCCUGCACCCGCUGGCUGUGCCCCUGUGCCUGCUGCUGCCCCUACCUCUGCACCUGCACCUGCCCCUACCCCCACUCCUGCUCCUGCUCCUACUCCUGCCCCUACUCCCACCCCAACCCCUGCUCCCACCCCUGCGCCUGCACCUGCUCCUGGGGCUCCUCCCACUGCCCCUGGCGCUGCUCCUGGUUCUCCUCCCCCCCCUCCCCGCCGCACCCCGCCACGCCGCAACCCACCGCGUGCUCCUCCCACUUCUCCUGGGGCUGCACCAGGGGGUGCUCCCGGGGCACCUCCUGCCAUGGAGUAGGUACAGCGGGUGUGCUCCAAGCAUCUGUGGUUGUACGACUAUAUCUCAUGUGGUUCUAAACGAGCACUUCGUUUCUUUGUAAAGCCAGUAUUCUGCAGAACUGUAUGCU